AUGUGCUGCGUGCUGGGCACCGUGACGCUGCUCUUCACGUCCGGUGAACCCUUCGGCGACACUAAUCAGCACGAUUCAGAACAAGCGAAGGAACGUGCGAAGCGUAAGGUCAAAGCUCCAAAAGUCUCUCCGGAAGAAUUGCUUGAGUCUCUUCAGCAGGCCGAAGCGCAACGAUAUGCCGAGGAGCAAGAGCGGUUCCACGAGAAGGUCGCCCUAGAACUAAGGGAAUACAAACAGCGCCGAGUGCUGCUGAUGGAGACGGGCAAAUUUUUUCGCAGACUCGAGAAAGCCGCCUCGGAUGACCGGCGGCAGCGGGCGAGCCGGAAGGAGUGGACCGACUUCCUGUCGUGCCGAAAAUCCCCGAGCCCCACCAGCCCACCCGAGAUGCGAGAGUGUCUCUUCCGGUGGGCUUUUCAGCAGGAAGCGCAAGAAAAGAGUUCGGUCAGCUGGACGCUGGCAGCUGACGAGCGAAGCGCGAUGACGCAAAACCCCAGCCGGAAGCGAAUCACAAGAAAGGAUCUGAGAGAAGCCUUCCGGAACAUAGGCGGGAUUUAUUUUCCCACGAUCCGUGAGGCGCUGGCCGUUUUGGAGGCGAUCCAAGACAACACAGGCCACGUGCAACCGGAAGCCAAAACCAAAGAGGUCACCCUGGUGCAGGACGAAAUCCGGAAGUUCAUUAGCGAUUCGCUGGACAAGAUGACCCGUCACAUCACCAGCAACAUCGUGCGAGACAUGGAAACGCUGAAUCCCGUCAUGGGUGACUUCCAAUUUCAGGUGUCCGACGUACUAGCGAUGUACCUUUGGACCUUUCGACCGGUUCCGCUUCCCCCGAAUCCCUCGGGGGCGAUAGAAACUAUCCACGUAGCUCCGUUGAAUCUCGUCUUACAUCGGCCCACGGCGCUCGAGUUGAAGGAUUGCUUCUUCCGUGGAUUGUGGAUGGAUUUCGAUCACUAUAGUCACAUGGACCCCACAAAGGUCCUGCCCGCGCUGGAACCCUUCCCAGAGCUGAUGGUGGCACAGGAAACCGAGUGGAACGAACGGCAGGAAGUGCGGCGGAAGCGCCUGACAACCUUGCGCCAGCAGCGCGUAGACUACGAAAACGAACAGCGUCGCAAACAGGCCGAAGCGGAAGCGCUCGAGGCCCAAAAGAAGCAACCCGGUCAAGGAUCCGGCAAGGACACGCAAUCCAAACAACCCGCCAAGAAAGCCGCGGAUAAGAAACGAAAGUCAGCCAAACAGGCGCCUGCGUUUGAACCGGAGCCUGCGGUGAUUACGGACGAGACCGAGGUUGACAUUGACGCCGAGUUUGAGCAUCAGGAGUGCGAUGGGUUUUGGCAGUCGUUGGCUUCCGUGGCACCGAGCUCGCGACCUUUGAGGCCGGGUUACGUGAACCUGCGUGAGUACUCCAUCGUAGGAGGUGUGUACAAGUUGGUGUGCUUCGACGAGUUGCCUCAACCGGUGGAACACGGAUUUCAUCUCAUCGUAUCCACCGAGCCGGUAGGUUUGAGGCUUACAGAAAAGGAAUUCCGCGCAUUCGAGGAUGAUGAGUUGAUUAAAAUCGAGCUCCAACUGCCAGCCCACUGCCAUUGGUGGGAAGAGCCAACUGUGUGCUGUUGGGAGCCGUGGGAAGAAAGCGAGCAGUUCAUCCAGCUGCAACCGGAAGUGCAGCAGUUCCACCUUUGCUACGACGAACUCGAGGCACACAAGGCGACAUUGUUGUUCGCAGCUCCGGAGCGCCGUAUCGACAUGGCUGGUGAAGUAAAAACUAUGUCAGACUUUAGCCUCCAGGACAUUCCGACCGAGGUACGGUUGUACUACCUCAUUCGACAGCACGUACUGCCACGUGUGCCAGAGCGUUAUCGCUUCCGGGCGGAGCUAAAUCGGCUGUACUGCACGCUGAAGGAGCGAGCCGAGCGUCGUCGGGCGCGAGACCGGGAACAGCUGAAACGUGACGGGAUGCUGCAGAAGUACGACCGAUUUCUCAACGCGUCCCAUCAACCUCGUGGGGGUCCAUCGAUACAGCUGUCGGAAAUGCGCCAUCCUAUCGAUGCCGAUAAGGGCAUGGAGGAUAACAGCGAUGCCGAGCAGCGUCGGAGCUCCGAGGACAACGCCGCAAAGCAACCGGAAAUGGAUGAAAAAUUGCCACAAUUUUCAUUGGCCCAACCGGACGGCCCGCGGUAUCUGCAUCCUCCUGUUCCACUGUGUCCGGCUCUGGUGGUAGGCCAGUCAGAUGGAUCCAAUACGAGCAUCACCGAAAUGGGGCCGGAAAUGGAGGCGCUCGUGCAGAGAAUGGUAGCGGACGACACCAUGCUUGUGGACGAUUCCGACGAGCAAUUGUGCAAAUUGUUUUCCACGUUUAUGGACCUGCUCGAGUAUCUGCGGGAGAAAGAAAAGCCCAAAUUCGAGGAACCUCCACCGCAGGAGGUCGAAGUCCAGCCCAUCGCUCGACAAUCGCGAGUUCAGCAACCUCGACAGCGUCUCGUGGAAGUUCGCACAACGAAGAAGUAUCCCCUAGGACUCGGGCCCCGGGUGGGCUCACAACCCCGUCUAGAAUCGGCCAGGUCGUCACAAGACCGAAAGAAACGCAAGCAGAAAAAGUCCUUAGACAUUACCGGAAGUGCUGCGACGGAACAAUUAGUGUCACAGCACCAGGAUGUACCGAGUGAGCCCGAGCCGAAGGAAGCUUUGUCGCUGAUCGAACACGAACCAGGUCGUUGGUCAACGAAACCGAUUCGAAGGCAAUCGUACGAUCCGGACCAGCGUCUUGUCACAUUCUACACUGACCGAUUGGGGACGUACGCAUUGGCCGCUCGAAAGUACUGCAAUAUUCCAUUUCUGCACUGGGACGUCCGACGCCACGGCAGAGUAGCCAAUCUCACAACGACGGUUACACUGUCCACUCGAGCGCUCCGGAUGGUGUUCUACGUCACGAUGGAAGGCUACCGUGUGGAGUUGUACGACCAACGCGAUCCGAAUCUGCCACCGGCCAUUAUGCCCACCGAAGGAGCCUUUUCGCUGAUGGAGCUCGAGAAGAGCCUGCAUCGAGCGAACGUGCAUGUGUUCCCAGAAGUGGACACCUGUUUUUACGUCCCCGACACGGUUCCCAAGCACCAACCGAUGGAGGCGCACAGUCUGCAGUGCUUGGCGUUGUUUUGUCUCACGCACAACUUUCAGUCUUGCUUGUGGAACCGGUACGCGAAUCGACGCACCGCGCUCGUCCUGAGCCGCGAACUUAUCGAGGGCCGGAACGAGCCUGAAUUCACAACCGCGUUGGUAACGCCACUUAAGGCGCAAUUCGUUGAAGUGGAGGAGCUGUGUUCGUCCUCCCUCGAGGAGGUCCUGCUUGCUUUUCAUCCACGUCCCGAGGAGCAGAGCUAUAAUGCCGACUGGUACGGCCUGCUAAAGGAUGGUUUGGAGGAGCCAUCGCGAAAGGUUCUAGCCAAAACGCCACCCGUGCUGCAGUGGCAUGUCGGGCAGCUCUUGCAACGGCUCCAGCUGCUCAGCUACUCGUGA